GUCCAGUAUGUCAUACCAGGGGAGGAGGGUCUACAGGACGGCUAGUUUUAAAAAGGAAAACUCAAAUCAAGCACCAAAACACACAGCAAGGGAGAGGAAGGAGACCAGAAAGGCAUUCCUCUUUGGAGCUGAGCCCUCCCAGCACUGAGGCAGACAGGCACUGGAGCUCGAUUUGGCACUAACUGAGUGUCUCGAGACUCAAGUUUAGCUGUUAACUACUUGGAUUUCUUGGAUCUCUGACUUGGAGCAGUAUAAAAGGUCAACAUGGCCAUGCCAGAAAAGUCAAGUUGUGUCAAACCGACCAAGGAGUGCAGCGGUUUUCCAGAGAUUAUUGAACUCAAUGUAGGUGGCCAGGUGUACAUAACUCGCUAUCCUACUUUGAUCAGCAUUCCUGGUUCCCGGCUCUGGGAAAUGUUCAGUGUAAAGAAUCCUUGCUCACUGAUCCAGGACAGCAAAGGGAGAUUCUUCAUAGAUCGAGAUGGUUUUCUCUUUCGCUAUAUCCUAGACUACAUGAGAGAUAUGCAAGUAGUGCUUCCGGAUCACUUUCCAGAGUGUGGUCGGCUCCAUAGAGAAGCAGAAUACUUUAAGCUGCCAGAACUAGUCAAGAUGUUGGCUCUUAAAAUGAACAAGCUCAACUCAAUUGGCAAUGACUCAUGUCAGAUGAAACUUGAAGAACUCUCACCCAGCAUUGACACCACGUUCAAUUUCUCUUCAACCAAUAGCAUUCAUAUUAGUGGCUCUGAUAAUCCCAUGGUUCUGACAGCUGCCCCUGGUUCUGAGCUCAAGAAGGCUGGUUUCAUCACUAUUGGCUAUCGAGGCUCCUAUACUCUGGGCAGGGACAUCCAAACAGAUGCCAAAUUCCGCCGUGUAGCCAGAAUCAUGGUAUGUGGUAAGAUCUCAUUAGCCAAAGAAGUGUUCGGAGACACUCUGAAUGAGAGCAGAGACCCAGACCGCCCUCCGGAGCGAUAUACUUCUCGAUACUACCUCAAAUUCACUUUCUUGGAGCAAGCUUUUGACAAACUAGCUGAUGCUGGUUUCCACAUGGUAGCAUGCAACUCCACUGGCACCUGCACUGUCACACAUGACCAAACAGAUGACAGGAUCUGGACCUCUUACACUGAAUAUGUUUUCUAUCGUCAGUGAGUGACACUUAAAAUCAACCAGGAAAUAGAAACCCCCAAAUAAUCUCUCUCCUCUGUUUCCAUGCCAACUGUCUCCUUUAGAAAUAGACACAUUAAUCACUCCAGGUUUGCGAGUAUUCUGUACAAUCUUGAACAAUGCCACUUCUCUCAUCGUAACCACUUGAACCUUUGUUGGUUUUGUUCUUAUACAUCAUUGCAGUCCAUCUGUCUAUCUUGUUUGGACUGUGGAGUGGAUGUCAUUUGCUGAGAGGUGUGCGUCAGUACAGAUAGCAGACCUAUAUUUCUGGAGUGAAUGCCAUUAAAUAUAACUACUAAAUUACAUGUGUUGAGAACUAUUAAGCUAUGACUUCCAAGUUGUUUCUCAGUAAUAACCCACAUUGAACUUGAUUAUGUUCCUUGCUAUCUGUAUUCAUUUAUAUAAAGCCCUGUAUUACUGGGCUGGAGAUUAUAGUAGGUAGUGAGAAUGUGCUUUUCAAAUGUUUUACCAUGGUUAGUGGAGGAACUUGACAACAGUUCUCUAAGAGGUUCAUAGAAAGGUGGACGAAUUCCAGAGUUAUUAAGGACUUUUGAUAGAUGCUAGACAAACAGUUGUAUGAUUAUUAUUCCUAAUAAUAAAAGGCUUAGCACUCAAUUUGCUUUUGCAUGAAAAAGAUAGUAAGGAAGUAUUUCAUAGCUAUUACCUCAGUCAUAAGCGGCUGUGCCAUUAAAAAUAAACUGUCCUAAAAUACUUUUCAUUAGAAUUAAAUGCAAGCAUAUGUAGGGAAGAUAACCAUGGACAACCUUGCUUUGUAUUAAGUAUUAUACAUGCACUAAUUAGUGCAGUUUCACUAGUCAAAUAAUUAGCUGUAUUCAUCCAUUGUUAACUUGUUAAUGUCGGUUGAUGGCAUGAGUAUGUGCUUUACUUUUCUGGAGGCAGGGAUGGGAGAAGGGGAGAAGAAAGAAGAAAAGAACUAAAACAAACACCUGAGAUUCAUCAUCUGAUUCCCUGCCAAUGACUUUCUAAUCGACCAGGUUGGAAGCAAGUAUUCAUUCUCAGAUGAACAUCGGGGACCUAAGAUAAGUGACUGAAU